CCAAAAUCACCUUUAGUUAAUGCUGCUGGAAGAACACUCAAUAAUAACAAUUUUCUCCUCGUAGUUCUCAUUCCUCCUAGUAUUUUUUUUUUGCCAGUUUCUAGGUCAGAUUCCCCAUUCCGCCGCUCCUGCGCUAGAACAGCGCUCAGGUUGCACAAUUGCAGAGGAGGGAGGAAUCUGCUUCCCCAAUCCCGAGCUCCCCAGCAGCCUUGCCCGAUCCUUCCCUUCUCCCCAGCAUCUCCUGCCGGGAGCCCACCCCAGUGGGAGCAGCCCGGCAGCCUGGCUCUGCCCAGCCGCCCUCCGUCCCCGCUCCCUCCCUCUCCCUUAUCCCUCCCUUUUCCUUAAAAACGUGGGCUCCGGGGUGCAGCCCCCUGCGCUGGCGGCAGCCCUGCCUGGAGAGCAGCCCCUUCCCCUCCUCCCCCUGCGGAGCCGCCGGCUCUGUCCGUCUGUCCGUCUGUCCAUCCCCCGGCCCGGGGCGCUGGAUGCGGCCGCGGGCAGCGGAGCCAGCUCGGGAGCUGCGCUAGAGGGGACCCGCCGCAGGUCCUUGGCGCUGCUUCAGGAUGGACCCGCUCUUCCCUGCCCGCAUUUUUGAAGACCCCGACCUGAGGAAGCUGCUGAACGACUCCUCCAUGCUCAACCUGAGCUUUCUGCCCAGCAACUGGUUCAACAACAGCACCGGGGACGGUUUCCUGCCGCUCAGCAUCAAGAUCACCAUCGUGGUCGUCUACUCCAUCGUGUGCAUCGUGGGGCUGGUGGGCAACUGCUCCGUCAUGUAUGUGAUCGUCAGAUUCACCAAGAUGAAGACAGCCACCAACAUUUACAUCUUUAACCUCGCCCUGGCUGACACCCUGUGCCUGAUGACCUUGCCCUUCCAGGGAACAGACACAUUCCUGGGCUUCUGGCCCUUUGGCAAUGUCCUGUGCAAGAUUGCCAUCUCCAUUGACUACUACAACAUGUUCACCAGCACCUUCACGCUGACCAUGAUGAGCGUGGACCGCUACAUCGCCAUCUGCCACCCCAUCAAAGCCCUGGACAUCCGCACGCCCCACAAGGCCAAGGUGGUCAAUGUUUGCAUCUGGGCACUGGCUUCUGUCUUUGGCAUCCCAGCCAUGGUGAUGGGAUCUGCAGAGAAUGAGAACAAUGAGAUUGAUUGUCUAAUUAAGCUCCCUUCUCCCGUGGACUACUGGGACCCAGUGUUUGGCAUCUGCGUCUUUCUCUUCUCCUUCAUGAUCCCUGUGUUGAUCAUCACCAUUUGCUACAGCCUCAUGAUCCGGCGGCUCAAGAACGUCCGCGUCCUCUCGGGCUCCAAGGAGAAGGACCGCAACCUGCGGCGCAUCACCCGCAUGGUGCUGGUGGUGGUGGCAGUCUUCAUCGUUUGCUGGACUCCCAUCCAGAUCUUCGUGCUGGUGCAGUGCUUGGGAGCCAAGGCAGAGAGCGAGCUGGAGCUGGCCAUCUCCUGCUUCUGCACCGCGCUGGGCUACGCCAACAGCAGCCUGAACCCCGUGCUCUACGCCUUCCUGGAUGAGAACUUCAAGGCGUGCUUCAAGAAGUUCUGCUUCCCCACCGCCUUCAGGACCGAGCUGCAGAUGUCCAACAGGAUGUGCAGCAUUGCCAAGGAUGUGGCCUACGCCUGCAAGAACUCGGAGGGGACUAACAAUCCGGCCUGACUAGGCAUGGAAAUCCCCAUGGCGGCUGUCGCCCAGCAGAGUCCGACCACCCCCACGUCAGAACUGACUCAGAUAACGGCCCUUUAGCAGGACCUCAAAACUGAGAGGUGAGAAACCAAGGAAACAAUUGUGGGGGUUGGGAAAACUGGAUGCUGCGAGAGCACGCAGAGAAAGUCAGCCCAUCUGAUGCAUUUUAAAUUUCCAGUGCAUCCUGCACUGAGGAACGUGUUUGAAAUCAGCCCGCUGAUUCCUGCGAAACCCUGGGGGUUUGCAACAUUAUUGAGAGUUUGGGAAUUAAGGGUUUAAAAUAGGCAUCGCUCCUGGGGCUUACACUCCUGCUGCUGCUGCUGGGAGACAGACAGAAUGUGAACUCUUGCAUUGCUUUUUUCCUCCCUGGCUGGAGGUGUUAACAGCUCGCCUGGCUCACCAGGCGCUCGUGUGCGGGUUUUCCUCCUGUGCCAUCGCUCUGAAAUCAGACUUUGCUGCAGCCAAAGUGGGCAGGAGCCAUCAGACAAAACCCAAGAUCAUCUCCAGGAUGAGUCAUCGCGCAGGCAAGGAUGCAGGGAGGGAGAGGAGGGAGCUGACGGGAAGAGAAAUUCAAACUGCCUUGGAAGGACAGCGCCAGCUCCUGCAGAUGGGAUCUGCAGUGAACCCCCCCCUCUCAGAGGGGAGCAGGGUGGGGAGAAGGGACUGUCAGAGCUGAUGGUGUCGCUCUGAAGAGGAAGAAGAAAAAAGACUGAGGAAAUGAACACAAUUUCUCAUUUACAUGCUGCUACUAUUUUUUUUUUAACUCUGUAUUUCCAGUGUAAUAAUGGACAGAAUGUGUCUGUAUAUACAUGUCUGUAGUGGAAUAGGUGCAGAUACAUGGUAGGAUUUCACCUUACCAAGCAUGCCUUGGGCAUCUUCCUCGUGAGAGGAGGAAGGAAUGAAGUGGCCUAUAGACACAUGUAUUUAUGUAUAGGAAAAGCCAUUUUGGAGAAGUCAGAAUGGCAGCUCUUCCAGAAGACAUGGACAUUCCUGGUGGGAGGAGGCAGCCUAAAAGAGUCCCACCCGCUCCACAUGGGAUAAGAGGGGUACAAACCAUACAAAACCUGGGGUUCUGUGGUUUGUUUUAUGUUUUUAACUGAAAUGAGACCCACAGUGCUGAAAGCACGUGGGAAAUGCUGCCUGGGUACCACCCCUCCUGCCAACCAUGGAUUGAUUUUCCUCCCCCAAAGCAGGCCAGAGCUUUGUGGAAAAUGAAAUGUCCUGUCAUUUCACUUGAUAACAAAAGCUUCCCCAAAGAGUCUCACCACUUGAGUGCCCUCUGUGCUGGGGAGAGCAGCAGGCUGGGCUUGUCCCUGUAGCACAACAGCCCCAGGAAAUCUGGGCAGUGGUGGCCAGUGGUGCUGAUGGGGGAGCAAAGCACCAACCUCCACCUGGAGAUGGGAGGUCAAUUCCAACAUGAGAACCAGCAGUGUCACCUGGACUGUACAGAUUCCAAUGUGAAUAUAUUUCUUGUGCUCUGAUCUAUGAGAUUCUGUAUUUUUAAUGUAUUGAUUUGCCAAUAUUUUAAUGCUGUCAUGUUCUUUCUAUAUGCUGUACAAAGGAAUUGGAUGUUAUAUUUCUAUGUAGAGUGUUUCUCUCAUGGUUGGGCUUAAAAUAUAGAUGCAAUUCCAGUGUCCCAUGUGAAGGACCUAGGUCCCUUGUAAACUGCUCAAGCUGGGAGGAUUUUGAUGCUGAUUAACAUUGGAUUGGGAAUCUGGAUGUGUACCAGAGCAAACUUUGCAAUUAGCACUUCCCCGUACCAGUCUGGAGGGAGGAGGGAAUCUGGGCACUUUAAGCACUUUGUAGUGGAUGUUAAUACCAGAGCCCUCGCCAGGAAAUCCCAUAUAAACCCCAGGCAUGUGAAGAACAGCUCCUUGAGAACUGUGCUGCUGGCAAGCUGCAUCCAUGCCUUUGGAAAACUGGGUUGGGUGGGAUGUGUGUGGUGGUUACAGCACUGGGCAGUGAGAGACCUUGGGUCUGCUCAGCCCUGAGCUGUGGGAUGCUCUGAUGGGCUCUGGGAAUGGUUGGGGCUGAAGCUGGGAACUGUUCUUACCUUUAGGGAGCAGGAGAACAUCCAUCAGUGGCUGGCCAAGGAACAGCCACACUCCGUUUGCCGUUCUUGGCUGGGUUUUUAAAUAGAUUUAUGUCCUCUGAAAGAAAAUAUUACCAGUGUUUGGCAUUUUUUAAAUAUGGAUUUUGUUAUAAUGACUAUGCUGCAACGAUCUUACAUAAUCAAGUACUCAAUAAAUGUGUGUUUACCAAGCUUUUGGGUAUUUCCACAGCCCUUGCAGUGGAUGUGUUUAGGCAUUCUGUUCAAUGCUCAGUGAAGUUUGUUAUGAGAAGAGCAGCAAAUGCCUGAAAGCAAAACUUUAUUGUACUGUGCCUCUGGAGUUACAGGCUCAUGGUCAGCUGGAUGCUUUAGUGCUGGCUCUGUAACUCCCUCUGGAAGUGGUUGUGCUGGUGUGAUUUUUACAACUGCCGCAGUGUAAAUGACAUUUAGGUGGCUACUUGUGUGCUUUAAUAAAGGAAAAUUAAAACCUA